CUUCCUUGGCGGGCCGGAUGGCGGACCCCGGCCCAGAUCCCGAAUCUGAGUCGGAAUCGGUGUUCCCGCGGGAGGUUGGGCUCUUUGCAGACUCUUACUCGGAGAAGAGCCAGUUCUGUUUCUGUGGGCAUGUGCUGACCAUCACGCAGAACUUUGGGUCCCGCCUCGGGGUGGCGGCGCGCGUGUGGGACGCGGCCCUGAGCCUGUGCAAUUAUUUCGAGAGUCAAAAUGUGGAUUUCCGAGGCAAGAAGGUGAUCGAACUGGGUGCGGGGACAGGCAUCGUGGGAAUCUUGGCAGCGCUGCAGGGGGGGGAUGUUACCAUCACUGACCUGCCCCUGGCCCUAGAACAGAUCCAGGGCAACGUCCAGGCCAAUGUGCCAGCUGGAGGCCAGGCCCAGGUGCGUGCCUUGUCCUGGGGGAUUGACCAUCAUGUCUUCCCUGCAAACUAUGACCUGGUGCUGGGGGCUGAUAUCGUGUACCUGGAACCCACCUUCCCUCUGCUGCUGGGGACCCUCCAACACCUGUGCAGGCCCCAUGGCACCAUCUAUCUGGCCUCCAAGAUGAGAAAGGAGCAUGGGACAGAGAGCUUCUUUCAGCACCUCCUGCCCCAGCAUUUCCAACUGGAGCUGGCUCAGCGGGAUGAGGAUGAAAAUGUCAACAUCUAUACCAGGCACAGGGAACCAAGACCUGCUUGACAUCACCCUUGCUGUUCUUCUCAAUCUCUUGCUCUAAUGAAGGAACUGUGUAUCUCAAAAACCAUAUUUCCAGAGCCACAAACAUGAGGACCAAAAAAGGAUGGAUUUCCCUGGCCUCUCUCACUUUCCUCCUUCCCUCUUUGUUA